AGGCAGGGGAGGUUUUCUCCGCUGCUUCUGACCGGACCGCCGCUACUGCCCGUCUCACUCGCAGCGGCAGUGGGAGCAGGCAGCCCCUUUCGCCUUUGUUCGCUGGCCUGAAGUCACCAAGGAAAGUACAAAGCUGCUUCCAUGAAAUAGCACACUUUCUGAAAAAUGAUCAUCUGUACGAGUAAAAUGGAGUACCCCCUUAGAGCUCAGUGCCAGCGACUCCAAAAACAGGUGAUGGUUAAUGGUGAGAAGGAGCGGGUGUCACUGCUCUUCAUGAAGCUGGCCAGUAGGGGCAGUGUGGACACUGUGGCUCAGCAGAUGGCCGCACACCCAGAGUAUCUGGAGAGCUUCUUGCGCACACAGCACUACAUCCUGCACAUGGAUGGCCCCCUGCCACUGCCCUACCGACAUUACAUCGCCAUCAUGGCAGCAGCUCGACAUCACUGUAACUACCUGGUGCACCUGCACUCAGCCCAGUUCCUUAGGGUCGGAGGAGACCCUCUGUGGCUGCAGGACCUACAGGCUGCUCCUGCUCGGCUGCGUCUUCUCGAUCAGAUCAACAAAGUCCUGGCCCACCAACCGUGGCUUACAUCCUGUGCACACAUCCAGGCACUACUGAAGUCCGGUGAGCAGUGCUGGUCUCUGGCUGAGUUGGUGCAGGCUGUUGUUAUCCUGGCCCACUGCCAUUCACUUUGUUGCUUUGUGUUUGGGUCUGAUGCCGAGUCAAACUGUGCCUCAUUCGCCAAAUCUCCCAGUGGUACUUCGCCAAAGUACUGCCCUUUUGACGCUGCCAACGGCAACACCAAUGUGCCUCCAUCUCUGACCCCGCCCCCUGACCUCAUAACACACCGGAGGUCUUUAGACUCCAGUGGUGACAUGACAGGUUUAAAGGAGAGGAUUCAGAAGUCUCAGGAGGAGUGUGAGAAGAGAGAGGAGCGGCUGAUGCAAACACAGGCACUCCAACAAACUGACCUGGAAGAAGAGGAGGAGGUGAUCUGCUUCACAGACUUGUCCCGUUUUAUCACAGAUCCUGAAUUCUGCUAUCAGGAAUUUGCCCGGCGGGACGACCACUUUCAAGUCUUCAGAGUUCAGGACUAUUCGUGGGAAGACCAUGGCUUCUCAUUAGUUAAUCGGCUAUAUUCAGACAUUGGGCACCUUUUGGAUGAUCGAUUUCGAAGUGUGGCCACUCUUCCCUCUUUACACAGUCAUGACCUGAAAAGGGCAAUCUGGAACUACACGCAUUGUGUUUUAGGAAUACGGUAUGACGAUUAUGAUUAUGGAGAGAUGAACCAUCUUUUGGAGCGAGACUUCAAGUUCUACAUCAAAGCAGUGGCUUGUUUUCCAGACACCACCAAGACAUCAGUGUGCCUGCUCAGUUGGACCUCACUAAAACCUUCAGAACGGAUACACGUGAACUUGUUAAUCAUGGAGGCGCGGCUGCAGGCGGAGCUCCUGUACAGCCUGCGGGCCAUCACCCAGUACAUGAUACUAUGAGGGAGACAAGUCUCUACUCCAGCGGUACGGACACCCAACUGGGGCACUUGGGUGUACUUGGGCCUACAUGGGACAACAGCAGCACUUUUGGGGAGACAUGGCUUCAUGAAUGUUGCUCUUUUUUAUUUAAACUAUAGUGUGCCACAACUGUCUGCUAAUACCUGUUGUGCUGUCAGACAUCUGGGCAUGAACAAAUGUGCAAUUCUAACUAGUUCUAUAUUUUGUUUUUAUUUUCAUGUAGCAAUGGCCAAUAGUCAUUUUUAAAUGACUAUAACUGAUGUUUGAGUCUAAAAUAUCUUUUUCUAUCAUUUGAAUGUCAACGGGAGUUAAGUGGAGUUCAUUUUCGACAAUCCUCGUCCAUGUUUUGGUGAGGGACUGAGUCACGUAUUGGACUGUUGUCAAAGACAUAUGUUUUACCUGAUUUACCAAGACAUUGUAAUAAUUCAGAACAGAGCUUAUGACAUCACUAUAGUUACUUUUAUUUAAAAGCACUUUUUAACUUUAUUUAUAUUAAAAAGAAGCUUACGUUGAAGGUUUCACACUCCAAUCCAAACAAAUGACUUAAACAUCUGACAACAUUUGAUCUAACGCUAAUUUCUUUUUCUGAAAAAGACAUAUUAAUGGUCCAGUUAUUAGAAUAGGCUAAUGUACUAGGUCAAAAAUCAAAACAAGAAACUCCUAGUAAUCGAAAAGGAUAGGAAAAAACGGUCAAGUGAUUGAUUAUUGAGAAUCAUUUGUAAAUUAGAUUUUGCAAAGUAAAUCAUACUGUUAUCAGUUAAAAAAACAAACAAAAAGUGCAAUGUUUCUUUCAUACAUUUUUGUUUUUUGCAUGUUUGUUGGCUUGCCAACUGGCUAGCCAACACUGUGUGAACAGCUGUUAAGGCAUUAGAAGGCCAGAUGUAGAUACAUAUCGAUAAAUGUGAUAAAUCCAAGUGCCUUCAGGUCAAAAUUGGGGUGUUUCUGAAACAAAGAUUAGACUGACUUUGGGCCUAUAACAGAAUCACUUCCACUGAAAAAUUGCAGCAACGUCAGCACCAGUACCAGCUGUGUACAAAUAUGCUUUCAAAUUCAAGAGCCUUGGACACACGUGGAUGUAAGUGUUCAUCUUUACAAAAAAAAAAACAUAAUAAAAAAUGAAGUUUUAGCUCAGAAGACAAUUGUAAAAGACAAAAAACACUUGAAAAUGUGAAGAAGUGAUGUUUUUUCUAUAAAGAUAUUCUAUUAAAGUACU